UAUACAACGUUACCUAUAAAGACGUGUAUAAUGUACCUAUCGUCGGGUUUUAAGAUCUAAUAUGUAGUAUUGAUCAAGAUUAGGUCAGGACUUAGUGCUUUGUGGAUGCAUCACCUCGUGUUUAGACUGCGGAGCGCAGGCAGCUCCUCACAAUUUAUUUAACGUUAGCUAAAGACCAUUAGCUGCUGCUAGCUAAUUAAGUUGAUAGUAGUUUCUUUUAAUCUUUUUUUUUUAAAACAUGGCAGCGGAUGAUAUACUUUGCGCAGAGUUCAUGGACUGGGAUCUUGACACAUCGACAUGUAACGCUGAUGGACUCAAACGGGAGAAACAACUUUCUGCCCCUCAGAGAAGGUGCUACAGCCUGUGCAAGAGGAAGUCAUUUUCUGCCUUCGUGGCGUCCAAGAGGGACGACGGUCGGGAGCCAGGAAGCCCGUCUUGGCGCUGCUGCGGCCAGACCUUCGAGCGUCACUCUGCCUUCCACAAGCACGCAGCCAGGACUCACCAUGCUGAGAUAGGGAGGCUCACGCAGACCACGUAUGAGCGCCUGUUACGCCGUCUGGAAGAAGAGGCCGAAACAGAGCAGCCGGACCAGCGUGAGGCCGAUCCGGCGGACGUUUUGGCCUGGAUCCCUGAAACUGCUCAUAUCUCAGAGGAGCAGCUUCGGAAUGGUCCAGGCAAGGUUCUCCUCUAUUAUCGCUACUGCCAAGUGGAGGAUCCACAUGUCGUCUGUGCUUGGCAGAAAGCUUUGUGCGAGAAGCUCCACUUAACUGGCAAGGUGAGGCUGGCGACUGAAGGCAUCAAUGGAACAGUUGGUGGAACCAACACGGCCACCCGCCUUUACGUGGACGCGAUGCGUGCACACCCGCUCUUCAAGAUGGAGGAGGAGGAUUUUAAGACAAGUGAAGGCGGCGCUGAUUGUUUUAAAGACAUGACGGUUGGGGUCUAUAAAGAGAUCGUCCCAAUGGGAAUGGACCCUGAUGUUCUUUCCUACCAGCUGGCGGGAGUUCAUUUGGAGCCAGAGGAGUUUCACGAAGAAGUGCAGGCUCUGUUGGCUAAAGGCGAUUUGGCCAAUGACACCGUCCUCCUGGAUUGCCGCAACUUUUACGAGAGUAAAAUUGGGCAGUUUACUCAGUGUCUGGCUCCCAGCAUCCGUAAGUUCAGCUACUUCCCGGACUACGUCGACCACAACCUGGAUCUGUUCAGGGACAAGAAGGUGUUGAUGUACUGCACGGGAGGCAUCCGCUGCGAGCGCGGCUCCGCGUACCUCCGCUCCAAAGAUGUUUGUAAAGAGGUCUACCAGCUGAAAGGCGGAAUCCACAAGUAUCUGGAGCGAUUCCCAGAGGGCUUCUAUCGAGGGAAACUUUUUGUGUUUGACGAACGCUACGCCAUCUCCUCCAACAAUGACGUCAUCUCUGACUGCAGGUACUGCGGCUGUCCCUGGGACCGGUACCAACUCUGUUCCACCGAGUUCUGCUACCAGCUGGUACUGUCCUGUCCCGCCUGCAGACAGGACGGACGCACCGCCUGCUGCCCCACCUGCCGAGCCAAAGUAGGGGCAUCGCACCGCAGAGAGGAGUGCGAGUGCACGAACGGACGUCCCAGAAUCCCUCGGGAUGCGUAGCGGCGGAGAGGCUAGGACCGGACAAAACGAGAUGGAAAUGCUGCUUAAUAAUCCCAAUUCAUAACUAGAGUUAAUGGAAGGUGCGAAGUACAUUUAAAAACUGAUGAAUGUUGAGAUUUGUCGUGUUUGCGGUUUCUAUGGAGUUUUGUCCGAAGGACAGUCAACCGUGAGUCUGAUAUUAAACGGUACAACCAUUUAUUCAGCAUCAAAUUGAGACUGUGACAAUGCAUCUGAAAAGCUUAAUUAAAUGAUUUUGUUGUUUGGAAUGUCUUGUUAGUAAGGAAAGCUCAGUUGCAGCAGUAAACGCUUGUUUUGGAAACAAUUGGAUUUUAUCUUAAUUUUCUUUAAUCAAUACUUUUGCAAUGAUUUAGUUAAUAAUGUGCUUUGUUUUAUCUGCAAGAAAUCGUUAUUCUUUCGAGCACUGUGCUCGACAAAAGUCAAAACAAAACAUCAAACAUAAUGUUGCUCAAAAUAAGUCAGAGUUUUUUCUAAUUUCAUAUUUUUGACACUAAUAUGUAACGGAAAUAUAGAACAGGGAAAAAAACAGUUGCCUGUUUACUGUGAAAUAAAUUGAACACAAAAAAAAAUCCUUUUC